AUGAACAAAAUCGAUGGCUGGGGAUCUUUCGAGGCCGAGGGAAAAAUAUUCAUAAUGAUGAAGCCUCAACACGACGCUACCUUCUCACGCAUGAACAAAAUCGAUGACUGGGGAUCUUUGGAGGCCGAGGGAAAAAUAUUCAUAAUGAUGAAGCCUCAACACGACGCUACCUUCUCAACGCAUACCAAAAUCGAUGACUGGGGAUCUUUGGAGGCCGAGGGAAAAAUAUUCAUAAUGAUGAAGCCUCAACACGACGCUACCUUCUCACGCAUGAACAAAAUCGAUGGCUGGGGAUCUUUGGAGGCCGAGGGAAAAAUAUUCAUAACGAUAAAGCCUCAACACGACGCUACCUUCUCACGCAUGAACAAAAUCGAUGUCUGGGGAUCAUUGGAGGCCGAGGGAAAAAUAUUAAUAAUGAUGAAGCCUCAACACGACGCUUCCCCCUCAAUAGCCCAUAAAAUCAAUGACUGGGGAUCUUUGGAGGCCGAGGGAAAAAUAUUCAUAAUGACGAAGCCUCAACACGACGCUACCUUCUCACGCAUGAACAAAAUCGAUGGCUGGGGAUCUUUGGAGGCCGAGGGAAAAAUAUUCAUAAUGAUGAAGCCUCAACACGACGCUACCUUCUCAUCGCAUGACCAAAAUCGAUGA